CGCCAAGUCCCAUUCAACUCUGACCGCACCAGAGCGCGCGCCCGCCCGCCUACAUAUGCAGCGCGCGCGCCCGCCGUGUCUCGCCGUCUGACAGCGCCCGCCGAUCAAGCUCGCUCGCCCGCCCGCACCGACGACCAGGAAGAGGAUCGACCGAUGGAGCACGGCGAGGGGAGGCACGAGGCGGCGCUGAGGGCGGUGCAGAGGGCGCCGGCCAAGCCGUGGCGCGGCGCCGGCGCCCCGCCGCCGCCCAGGGUGUACCGGGUGGAGCCCCGGGACUUCCGGGAGCUCGUGCAGAGGCUCACCGGUGCCGGCACGGCCACGACGGGCGCGCCGGCUCGUGCAGAGGUUCACGCGGCCGCGGCGCACGGGGGCAGGGAGGCCGCCCCCGUGGAGCAGUUCGACUACUCGUCGUGGUUCUCCGCACCGCUGCUUAGCCCCGCGUCCAUGCCGGCCGGCAUGGACGGACACCAUGGCGCUCUGCUGUAGGAGGAGAGUGGUACCACGGUCGCCGCUCGGCACUUGUAAAAUCGAGCUAAAUGCCACAGCUCCAUCGCUUCUUCCCUUCUCAUUAUUUUCUUUCAAGGGAGAUGACACAGGACAGUGCUUACAUGGGAUGACACAUGACAGUAUAAUUCUUUAUGCAUAAUAAAUGAAUUAUUAGUUUGCUCUGCAAUUCUCUGUUUCGUUCAUGGGAUGACACAUGACAGUGUUUUAUUUGAUGUAAUUAAGUUCUCCCUCUAUCUCAAAAUAAGUGUCGUUGAUUUAGUACUGCUUGCCUCGGAUCCAAAAUAUGCGUCGUGAUUUUAUUGUAAGUUUAGUUCAAACUUCAACUAAACUCACCACAGUUAUUUUAGAUCAGAUGGGGUACAAUUUUAGUGUAAAGCGGUAUUAAGUCAAUAACACUUAUUUUAAGACGAAGGGAGUAUAUGUUUCUA